AUGGUCCCAAAACAAAAUAGUUCUCCUACCUGGAAGAAGAUUAUGUUUAGUGCUCAACUGCUUGACAAAUGGUUAAUUUGGAGGCUCGAGAAAAGCAAUAAUGUUAAGUUUUGGAGAGAUAAAUGGAUCAAUAAUGUGCCUCUGAUGCAAACAAUGGAUCUUGCUCCUAAUCUCUAUUUUAAUUCCCUUGUUUCUGAUUUUUUUGUGAGUGGUUGGUGGGAUGUGGAGAAGUUGAGGAGUGUUCUUCCUGAGGAAUGGGUCCAAAAAGUUACUAGAUGUUCAGCUAAUUUUCAGGGCUUAUUGAAGGAUUGUCAGAUCUGGAAACCUACUUCUUAUGGGUUAUUCUCUGUCAAGUCUGCUUACAAUUUGCUUUUUCAAGGGGCAGAUUGGCUAAAUCCUUGGUGGAGAGUUCUAUGGAAGCUUCAAAUCCCUCCUAAACUCUAA